AUGAAAAUCAAAUAUUAUAAAAACUUAUAAUAGUAUCUCAGUGAUAAUAAAAUAACUAAAAUAAAGUAUUCAUAUGUUUUACCACAAAGUAGAGCUCCACUUUUCAGAAAUGACUGCAUAUUGUUACAUUGAUAUAUUGUUUUUUUUUUUUUUUUUUUUUUAUGUAUGGGGUCUCUGAGAUGCCAUAAAGGAGUAAUGUAAAAAAUGUUUUCAAUUUGAAAUGUUGUUUAUAAUCACUUUAGUGUUAAAUAAGUUUUUCAAGCCAUUUAAUUGACUGACAGAAAAAGAGAGUUAAGACUGAAAUAUAAUAAUAACCUUUAGUUAUUUUAAUUAUAUUGUGUGAUGUCAUCCACAGCAAAUUGAACUUGAACUUGAUCAUCUUUUAUUGUAGAAUAAGAGUGCCAAAAUGGGAAAUGGUUCUAUGAAGCUGAAUCCUCUCAAGCAGGUCAGUGGCUCGGCCAAAUCCAAAAACAAUGGGGAAACAAGCUCAGUUCCUCAAGUCCUUAGAGUUAGAGUGGAAGAGUUAGAGAGUCAACUGAAGAAGAAGGAUGAAGACCUGAAUGCCAAGGAGCUUCAGAUCAAACAUCUAGAAGAGCAGCUGACCCAGCAGAGACAGGCCAUCUCAGAGAUCUCUGAUGCUUUGAGGAACAAGUGUUUCCAACUCAACAAACUCCAGGACGCACUGAAGAAUCAAGGGGAGCUGGGUCUCCUGCCAUCACCAAUCAAGGAAAAGGUCAGUCAGUGUCUCACAGGCCUGCUCAGAGAUACCCUCAACAGGAGGAAAGGAGCAAAAGCUGGAGUUUCUGCAGAGCCUUCAUCCAGAACGUAUGAUUCCAGCGGUAUACCAAAGUUCUACUUUGAAAGUGCACGAGUCUGGAAAGAGCAAAGUGUAAAGAAGCUCCUCACAGAUGCUUUGAAUAAGAACCAGUAUCUAAGGAGACUGGAAGUGCAACAGGUCAAAGACAUGGUGGAAUGCAUGUAUGAGCGGACGUACCAGCAGGGAGAAUACGUCAUAAAACAAGGAGAGCCGGGAAACCACUUAUUUGUGCUUGCAGAUGGCAAGCUGGAUGUCUAUCAGCACAACAAACUGCUCACAUCAAUUGCAGUCUGGACCACAUUUGGUGAAUUAGCCAUCUUGUACAAUUGCACCAGGACUGCAUCGGUCAAAGCGGCCAGCAAUGUGAAGACAUGGGCCCUCGAUCGAGAAAUCUUUCACAACAUCAUGCGGAUGACCGCAGAGGCUCGACACGAGCAAUACCGCAACUUCCUGAGGAGUGUUUCACUUCUUGCCAGUCUACCUGGGGAUAAACUAACUAAGAUUGUGGACUGCCUAGAGGUGGAGUAUUAUAAUAAGGGAGACUACAUCAUCCGGGAGGGAGAAGAAGGAAACACUUUUUACAUAAUCGCCAAUGGAAAGAUUAAAGUCACACAGAGCACACAGGAUCAUGAAGAGCCUCAGAUCAUCAACACCUUGGGGAAAGGGGAUUAUUUCGGAGAGAAGGCCCUCAUCAGUGAUGAUGUCAGAUCUGCGAAUAUAAUCGCAGAUGAGGAUAGGGUGGAAUGCCUUGUCAUUGAUCGAGAAACUUUCAGUCAAACCGUCGGAACUUUUGACGAGCUUAAGAAAUACCUCCAGAGCUAUGUCGAGAAUUUAGCACGAGACGAUAAGAAAAGAAAUGCUAAGAGGUCAGGAAGCUGCACCCCACCAACCACACCAGUGUCACAUGAUAUGAUAGAGCUGAAAGAGAGAGAGAGCAGCUUUGCAUCCACUAUACCCUUCAGCUGCCUCGAGGUUAUUGCCACGCUGGGAGUUGGAGGCUUUGGCAGAGUUGAACUGGUGAAAGUGAAGAAUGAGAAUGUGACGUUUGCUCUGAAAUGCAUCAAGAAACGGCACAUCGUGGAUAACAGACAGGAAGAGCACAUCUACUCAGAGAGGAGGAUCUUGCUUGAAACAAACUCUCCUUUCAUUGUAAAAAUGUACUGCACUUUCAAAGACAACAAGUAUGUAUACAUGCUGUUGGAGGCGUGUCUGGGUGGAGAAAUCUGGAGUCUUCUGAGAGACAGGGGGAGUUUUGAUGAGUACACUGCCAAGUUCUGUGUGGGCUGUGUGACAGAGGCCUUUGACUACCUCCACAACAAUGGCAUCAUAUACAGAGACCUGAAGCCUGAGAAUCUGAUGCUGGAUACAGAUGGAUAUGUCAAAUUGGUGGAUUUUGGCUUUGCUAAGAAGCUCAAGUGUGGCCAGAAGACCUGGACGUUCUGCGGGACUCCAGAGUAUGUUGCGCCUGAGAUCAUUCUCAAUAAAGGUCACGGUCUCAGUGUGGACUUCUGGUCUCUUGGAAUCCUGAUCUUUGAACUUCUUACAGGAAGCCCCCCCUUUACUGGCUCAGAUCAGAUGAUUAUAUACACAUUCAUUCUGAAAGGAAUUGAGAAAAUGGACUUCCCUAAAAAGAUCACCAAGAGGCCAGGUGACCUUAUUCGAAAGCUGUGCAGACAAAACCCUUCAGAGCGACUGGGCAAUCUAAAGAAUGGAAUAACUGACAUUAAAAAGCACAGAUGGUUUACAGGGUUUAGCUGGAGUGGUAUGAAAUCCAGAACUCUGAUAUCACCACUUAAAAGAGAGGUGAAGGGACCCACUGACCACAGUUACUUUGACAGUUAUCCUCCUGAAGAAGAAAUCCCUCCAGAUGAAAUGUCGGGUUGGGACACCGACUUCUAACUGACCCCUCGAUGCACUCAUGUGCUCAAACAUUGUGAGUUAAACAGAACUCUUCUGCCAUUUGCCAUCUCCAUCAUGCCAGCCUUUUUUCCAAGGAACCUCAGACCAUGAAGCCAACAGAACCAGUGUAUGUGUCGCAACAAUGGACUCCUUGACCGAAGGCUGCUGUUAGUGCAGUGGGAAGCACAGCAGAGGAGGAGACACAUAAGAAAGGAAUUGUUUCACGAUGUACUCAUACAUUGCAAUUAUAAACAUUGUUGAAUUUGACUGAAACUGUACCACUGAGAUGUCAGAGCAGGAUCAGUCUGUGAGAAUGAUGUAACCGGGGCAUCAUAGAGGAGGAUGGUGUGAAACCACUAGUAAUAUUUACCUUUAGACAUGUGGAACGGUUUGUGGUUUGGCAGGAGGGUGAGAUGUUCCUUGUUUUAGAAGCGUUGGUGAUGUCACGUAUUUGAGCUCCUGAAGGUAAUAACCACCUGUGACUGUGAAUGCCACUGAUGAGGUUUCAAAGGUUAACCUCAGCGGGUGACUGGCACUGCAGUUUGUGCAACUCAAGCAGAGUUCUGUGUAAAGUAGUAUUUUUAGUGACUUUUCCUAAAGUCUAAGUACCUCAGGGGCCUCAUUUAUAAAAUGUUGUGUAGAAACGGUCCUACAUUUGUACUACAUUACGUAUGCACAGAAAACAAGUGUACACCUCUCUUUUAGAUGAGAAAUGAUCUUGAACUUGCACGCAGCCGAAUGGUUUCAGUUCUCCGCCUUUGUAAGCGACUCCUAAUUAAUAUCAUUAACAUUUAAAAACAAAAAAAAAACAAAAACAGUCAUCAUCCAAAUCCUUUAAUUUAGAAUGGUGAACUGCAAGAAUAGCUUAGAUUUCCAAAAACCUGCAGUACACUGACAAGGAAACAUUGUAACAACACUGAACAACACUGUACUGAACAAAUGCAAUCCCUGAAUACAUUUGUACACUAUUCUAUUUCUUGCCAGACAUCUGGCAACGCUUCUGCUCACACAGCUGAGCCACAUUUGUCCAAGAUGCCGUUUGAGCAUCGGUAGCAUUUAUUGGUAGCAUCGGACGCGUUUUGGUGGUUUAAAUCGAUGCUCGCGACUUGCGCGAGUGCUUUUACUGUAAUUUAGGCAAGCGCGCUCAUAAUAGAAGCGGCGUGGUUGAAACGCGCAUGCGGUGCAGCGCGCUCGUUUUUCCAAAACAUCUCAACUUUUCAUGCGACAAGUACCAACCGAUGAGCUUCGGCCUUUACUUAACAACAUCGAAAGCUAUGCCGAACAGCUGAUCAUAGCUGUACAGGGCGGGUUUUUACUUCUCAUCUCCAUGAAUAUAUCUAAUAGUAGAUCUAAUGCAAGGACUAGAAAUCAAUUUUUGUUUUGUUGAAACUUCCUCGUCAUCGUGGAGAGCGCGGUUCAUGGUUGCAUAGCAACGACAGACGCCACGGGAGCGAAAGCGCUUUGGAAAGAAGGAGAAAGCGGCGCGGGCGCUUAUGUGACGCGAUAUGUGAAUGGCCCCUUAGAACGGCGAUUAUGUUUUAUUUUUGAGAUCAGUUGUGGGCCGGGUGGAAGGGGAAGGGGAAGGGGGGCCGUAAAUGGCCCGCGGGCCGGCAGUUUGAGACCACUGCUCUAAUCUGUCUGUACACACGCUUUAUAAAUGAGGCCUCACGUGAUUCAAACCUCUGCAUCUGAGCCAGAAAUGUUUGUGCUGAUGUAAUGUUUGACGCUUGCUUACACUGUAAAAAGUAAUACGCUCU